CGGAACAUUGUUGACUUUAAGCUGCCCGCUAAAACUGGCUCAUUCAAGCUUUAUCAUCAGUACUAAGCUGGCAGUUAAUAGCAUCAGUGUUUAGGGCAAAGCUCUGUGCCACUAUGUCAUUCAACAUCAGAAACAGUAGAGAGAAAGACAGUGUUAAAGGCAAAGAAAAGAACAAAGGUAAAGAAAAAGAGAAUGAAAGGGAGGAUAUUGCAGAGCCUGGUAAUAAUGGACCUCAAGGUUUGGAAGUGGAAGAGGACGAAAUUGAAACUGGAAUUCAAAUUGGCGAUAUAUACGUGCCCCCUCCUCCACCAUCAGCAUGUUCCCUUGAUAACACAGGUCCUAGACUCAUCAUUACUCACAUUGAGAAUGAGUUUUUCAAGAGUUAUGCUGGCAGACAGGUUUUGGGACCAUUUCACAAGAACUUCACAUCUAUUGUUGGACCAAAUGGAAGUGGCAAAAGUAACGUUAUUGAUUCCAUGCUGUUUGUCUUCGGCUACCGUGCUACAAAAAUCCGUUCCAAGAAAAUAUCUGUCCUGAUCCAUGAUUCUGAACAACAUCAGAAUGUUCAAAGCUGUAAAGUUUCUGUUCAUUUUCAGAAGAUCAUUGACAAGGAUUCCGAUGACUUUGAAGUAGUUCCUGAUUCCCACUUUGUUGUCUCUCGCACUGCUUUUCGUGAUAAUUCAUCUUUCUAUCAGAUAAAUGGCAAGAAAUGCCAGUUUAAGGCUGUUUCAAGACAACUACGAGCCCAUGGUAUAGACCUGGACCACAGUCGCUUCCUCAUUCUUCAAGGUGAGGUAGAACAGAUUGCUAUGAUGAAACCCAAAGCUGUAACAGAACAUGACACUGGCAUGCUAGAGUUUAUUGAGGAUAUUAUUGGCUCAUCAAGAUUGAAAGAGCCAAUUGAAAUGCUGUUCAAGAGAGUGGAGGAUUUAAAUGAAGCACGAAGAGAGAAACUGAACAGGGUAAAAUUAGUGGAAGAAGAAAAAGAGGCAUUAGAAGGGCCUAAAGAUAAAGCUGUUGAACAUUUGAGGCUGGAAAAUGAAGUAACAAGCAAGAAACACACACUUUUCCAGUGCUACUAUUUAGACUGCUCACGAAGAAAGGAAAAAGCAGAGGGUAAGAAGCAAGAAAUUGACGAGGGUAUGAGUGAAGUGAAGAAGGAACUAGAGGAGGUUAAUGCAAAGAAAAGAGAAAAGGAGGAAGAAAUAAAAAAGUUAGGGAAAAAUUUGGAGAAAAUUAGCAAGAUAAAGGAGGAAUGUUCAGAAAAAUUUAAAGCCUUGGAGAAUGAGGAUGUUAAAAUGCAGGAAGAUCUUAAACACAAAAAUCAGAGGAGGAAGAAACUAAUGAGUCAGCAUAUUAGUGAAAAAAGUAAAUUGGAAGAGCUUGGGAAAGUACCUGAAAAAAAUGAGAAAGAUAUAGAGGAGUGCCAGAAGCUGAGAGAUGAUCUGGAAAAUGAGAGAAAGAAAGAAGAGACAGCUUAUCACGAAGUCAUAUCUACUCUCAACUCUGAAACUCAACAGUUGCAAGAUGAGAAAACCAAAUUUGAAACUUGUCUUGUUGACCUGAGGAAGGAAGUUGAUGAAGCUAAGAGUGCACUUGAUAUUGCUCAGUGUGAAUUAAAUAUUUUCCAGAGUACAGAACAAAACGAAAAAAGGAAACUUGAACAUAUCCUUGCUGGAUUAGAGAAGGCCCAGGAUACUAUCCAUCGAAGAACAGAAGAAAUAACGAUGAUGGAAGAUAAUGUACCUAAGAGUGAAGAACAACUUAAAAAUGACAUGCAGAAUCUUCAGCACCUGAUUCCUGAGCAGCAAAAGAUUGAGGAACAGCUGAGAAUUCAUCGAGUGAAGCUUGAGGAGACUCGCAGUGCUAUGCAGUCAUCCAGGUCUCGGGGAACCGUUCUUGAUGCAAUUAUGGAGCAACGAAAUAAUGGAAGCAUUACUGGUGUGUUUGGGCGAUUGGGUGAUCUAGGUGGCAUUGAUGCAAAAUAUGAUGUUGCCAUUAGUACAGCUUGUGGGCCACUGGACAAUAUAGUUGUUGACUCAGUGGACACUGGUGAAAAAUGUAUAAAUUUUCUUAAGACGAACAAUAUUGGUACAGCUACCUUCAUAGCUCUGGAUAAGAUGGAAAAAUGGAGAAGCCAGUGUGAGAUGUCAAUACAAACUCCAGAAAAUGUACCUCGCCUCUUUGAUUUAGUAAGAUUAAACGACGAUAAAUUGAAAACUGCAUUUUAUUUUGCUUUACGGGACACCCUCGUAGCUGACGAUCUAGAUCAGGCUUCGCGUAUUGCAUAUGGAAGAGUGCGGCAUCGUGUAGUAACAUUGAAAGGAGAGUUGAUUGAACCCUCUGGUACUAUGAGUGGAGGUGGGAGGUCAGUUCUUCGUGGUCGUAUGGGUAAGCAAGCAGCUGUUCUCAAUGUUGAUACUAGAGAAGUUGAGCUUGUAGAGGGGGAAGUUGAGAAGUUGACACAACAUGCUGGACAACUUCGUAAAGAGCGUGCUCAACUAGAAGACUCGAUCCAACAACUAACAGAGGAUUUAAAGAUGGUAAAAUUGAACAUUCAGAAGUAUAAAUUGGAGAUUGAAGCUGCUCAUCAGCAACUUGUAUCCUUGCAAGACCAGAAAGGAAGGCAAGAAGAGAAAGUUAAUGCUGUUAAACCAGACCCAACAAAGAUUAAGAAGAUGGAAAACAAUAUUGAGGAGAAGAUGAAAAUUUACAAAGUAGCGGCAGCUUCUGCUCAGGAAGUUGAAACACAAGUUAAUAAAAUUCAUCAACAGAUUAUGGAAAUAACAGAAGGAAAAAUGAAGAUACUCAGAAAAUCUGUGGACAGUGUCAAGAAGAAACUUGAGAAAGUUGAUGCAGAAAUUAUCAGACUUCAGGUGGGUAUCAAGACUGCAAAGCGCAACUCCAAGAAGACCGAGGAGAAGAUAGCUGGAAUGGAAGCAGAAAUUCUAGAACUUCAAAAUGAAUUGCUGGGCCUUCAGACUACUAGAACAAGUAUUGAAGGAGAAGCUGCACAGGUGCUGGAGCACUUGCAGUCUCUUACACAUGAAACAUUGGAAAUAGAAGAGAUGAUGAAUAAAGUGAAGGUUGAGCAUGAGGAGUGUGUUAGAAAGGAGAAUGCAAUAAAGUCCAGUAAAAUAGAGAUUGACCAGGAGUUGGAGAAGUAUAACGGCAUCAUCAAGGAGAAUAAAGCUAAGAUGUCCCAUUGGAAGAAACAGCUGAGUCAACUUGAGCUGACUGAGAUCCCAGUUGACAGAGAGGAAGUGGAUGAUGCUAAGUUAGUUGUCCUGGAAGCUGAAGCUCUAGAUGAGCUCGACCCCAAGAAGCUCCAGUACCAGCUUACCAUCUUGGAGGAGAAGCUGGCGCAAUCAACACCCAACUUGGCGUUCUUCAGGAAUAUUGCAAGAAAGAAGAGAUGUAUUUAAAGCAUGUAGGCGAACUUGAAGAGAUUUCUCCCCGGAGAGAUGAGCAAAGGAAAGUACUAUGAGACAUUAAGGAAGCAACGUCUCAAUGAGUUCAUGAAGGACUUCGCUUUUAUAUCUAACAAACUGAAGGAA